CCGAGGAGUAGGACUCUGUGGGGUAACGGCGGCAGCGGCGAGUUGGGCGAGUCGGGUGGGCCUAACGAGAGGAAGCGAGGGCUCACGACGGGAGCGCAGCCAGCAUGGACUGGGGCACGGAGCUCUGGUCUGCUUCAUCGUCUUCGCCAAAAGCUGGAAACAGAGGCAGGACUUAACAGCUUUGUCAGACUCAGCCCAUCAAUCUGAACAGACGAGUGUAACCCAUUCCUGGCUGCUGUCUCCACUUAACAAGAAGGUGCGUGUCAGGAUCAAUUUGACAGGAUUGAGCGCCACACCCAGUGGGGCCUGGACCUGAUGGACAGAUACGUCAAAUUUGUGAAAGAGCGGACUGAAAUUGAGCAGGCAUAUGCGAAGCAGCUGAGAAAUCUUGUGAAAAAGCAUCUUCCCAAGAGGACGUCUCGAGAAGAUCCAGACACAAAGUUUUGUCAAUACCAUGCUUUCCUUCAAGUGGUGAAAGAGCUGAAUGACUUUGCAGGCCAACGGGAAGUCAUAGCAGAAGACCUUCUAGCCCAGAUCUGUGUGGAGCUUUCCAAGGACUUGCAGGAGCUGAAACAGGAAAGGAAAUUGUAUCUACAAGAAGGCCGAAGGGCUCAACAGCAGCUAGAGAAUUCCUUCAAGCAACUUGAAAAUAGCAAACGGAAGUUUGAACGUGACUGCCGGGAGGCUGAGAAAGCUGUGCUGAAUGCAGAGAAGCUGGAUCAGGACAUCAAUACUACCAAGGCAGAUGUGGAGAAGGCUAAGCAGCAAGCCAAUCUGCGUAGUCACAUGGCUGAGGAGAGCAAAAAUGAAUACGCUUCAUAUCUUCAGAAGUUCAAUCACAAUCAGAACCAGUUUUACUUUCUGGAGAUGCCACAAAUCUUCAAUAAGUUGCAAGAGAUGGAUGAAAGACGGACGCGGCGUCUCAAGGGAGGCUAUAGCAUCUUUUCAGAGAUAGAACAGCAGGUCAUGCCGAUCAUUGGCAAAUGCCUGGAAGGCAUGAAAGCAGCUGCAGAGGUGGUUGAUGAAAAAAAUGACUCGCAAAUGUUAAUUGAACUGCACAAAUCAGGUUUUGAAAGGCCAGGAGACAUGGAUUUUGAAGACUUCAGCCAGCCCAUGAAUCGCACCUCUUCUGAUAGCAGCCUGGGAACUCCCCGGGGCACACUGGACGGCCGUCUGGAUCCCCGGCUGCUAGGCAAGAACAAGGGAAAACGCUGGCUCUUCAGCAGGAAGAAUAAGCUCCCAACCCCUCCCCUCUCCCCUAUAAAUUGCCCUUCCUCUUCAUCUUCCCCCUCCUCCUCUGCCAUCAAUGGACCUCCAUCCCCCAAAUUCACCCGUGACCCUCUGUCUUACUGUUUGAACGAGAUCAAUAAGACAGUCAAACCCCGCAUCACGUCCUUCCGCAGCCUCAAACGGGGGACUGUGAUCACAGAAGAUUUUAGCCAUUUGCCUCCAGAGCAGAGGAGAAAAAAAUUACAACAGAAGAUUGAAGAAAGAAGCCGGGAGUUGCAGAAAGAGCUGGAUCAAAGGGAUGCCUUAAAUAAGAUGAAGGAUGUUUACCAAAAGUCACCACAGAUGGGAGACCCCAAUAGCUUGGAGCCAAAGAUCUCAGAGACACUGGGCAAUAUUGAAAGGUUGCGUCUAGAAAUUCAGAAAUGUGAAGCUUGGCUGGCAGAUGCCGAGAGCAGGAUGCUGAGCAACCGUCCGGACACGGUUACCCGCUAUAACCGCCAUGUGGAUCCUGCUAGUGCCCUGAACAACAACAACUGCUCACAUGAAAAAGACAGCCCUGACACUACUCAUUCUAACGAGAGCCAGGACACACUCAACCAACCCAUUUACACAGAGUUUGAUGAGGACUUUGAAGAGGAAUUGGCAUCACCCAUCGGCAUCUGUGUGGCCAUGUAUCAAUUUGAAGGUUCCAGUGAGGGCACCAUCUCCAUGCAGGAAGGCGAAGAGCUCAACUUGAUGGAGGAAGACAAGGGGGACGGGUGGACACGUGUACGAAGGCGUAGUAAAGGGGGCGAGGGUUACGUCCCUACCUCCUAUUUGCGACUGAAUGUGAACUGAGUAAGGGGACUGAGAGCCAAGUUCCAAGAGCUGCACCAACAUCAGUGUCUGAAUGGAAGAGGGGUGGGGUUUCAGUUGCCUGGAAACAGCUCCAUGAUGUUUGCUCUAAGUGAGAGGGUAAAAGAAGGAAUUUGCACCAAAUCACUACUGCAAGACAAGAACUGACUAGCAGAAUAACAAAACGAUGGCUGUAGCCAGCUGAAAGCAAGGCCUCGGAUGGGAGUACAAGAGGGGGUUGACUUCCAGCUAGUAAUUGCUCCUCCUCUCCUCCAUUAUCUUCAUUGCAGAGUUACAAAAUAUUCCAUAGGAAAUACCCUUCAGCCAAAGUAGAUAAAAACGGGCAAUUUUGCAUACAGGAAGAUUCCUAAAUUCAUGGCUCUGGACUGUGGUAGUUGCCCCAUCAGAUGAAAUGCGGCUGCAGUAGCGGAAGGGAUUGUGGUUCCUAUUUCAAGUGCAGAGCUGGCUGUCCCUCCUCUCUCUGCCAGGUUGGUCAGAGCAAAAGGGUCUCUCUCCAGAGGAAAGCUUCUGCUUUUAUGCUGUGUUCAGUAGACUGUGUCCAAGCCUCAAGGGGAUUAUGGGCGCUUGGGGACUUGGGGUGUGUGUGCGUGUGUCCAUAUUCAAGGAGGAGACUGGGUUGGAUUAGAAGCCUAGAAUGUGUAUCCUUAAGAUUGCUGCUAUGCCUGUUGUUUGACUAGAAGCAGAGAGGGAGGAGGAUAGUUGCUCCCAGUGCUUCUUCAAUUAGAUGCAAGUGUCACCAUAGCCGCCUUGUCUGAGGGCAGGCCGGAGGCCACACCGACGCCAGACCAACAUCUCUAUAUUCUUUCCUUGAAAUGCACUUUAUAGUUUUCUUGGAUUUGAUUAGCCUGGCUCCUUCAGCCAUUCAAAAGUGCCUGUACCAGAGUCUUCAGGUUUGUUUCCCCCUUGGGAAUGCAAUACACGAGAAGUAAAAGCAGGUGGCUCUGGC